UAAAGGCCACAUCACUACAGCGCGAGAGCAGUAAAAAUAGUUGGGCUGUCACCUUCUGUCAUUCGGCAGCAGAGCUGCAUGCAUACUGUCCCACUCUCCUCCCACCGCGAGAACAGCUGCACGUCGCGGACUGCCCAACGUGGAUUACCUGGAUAUCGCUCGGUUCGUGCGCAAGGAAAUACACGUAUCAAUCCCGCUUCAUCUUCACUUUCUAAGGAAUAUUUAAAAACAAAUGCAAUUAUGGCAACGUGGUUCGUCUACGCGUUACGUCUGUUGGUGAUUCUGGAGCCGGUUUGGAGUUAUACGGUUCCCGAUGAUGUGCGUAAAAUCGCGUCGGAGCGGCGCGUCUUUACGCAUCCGAGCUCCGGUCGGGACGUGGUGACCAGCAGCAUGUUUAAAGUUUACGAAAGCUACAGCGAAGACCCGCGCAGCCAUAACCAGGGAAACACAGUGAGGAGCUUCACAGCUGUCCCGAGGCUGUUGCAUGGAAAAGAAAUGUUCCAGUUCAACCUCUCCUCUAUCCAAGACUCGGAGGUCAUCCUCUCUGCCUCCUUUCACUUCUUCCAUAAGCGUCAACACCAGCGGCCACGGCGUUUCCGGCGAUCUCGUCGUCCAUCCGCCGCCGCCCACCGUCAACACACGCCCGCCCUGCAAAUCUUCUUCCGUGGCUUAUCAGCAAACUCCGCCUCCACAACACUGCUGGGAAACCUCACCGUAAGCUCCUUUAAAAAAGCGCCGUGGCAAUCAAGGGAUGUGACGAUGGUGAUCAAGCAGGCCAGAGAAGACCUUAUCAUCAUGGUGGAGACCCAUUUGGUAACUAGGGCAAAUCAGCAGCACACAAGUCUCAACAACCAAGAGGGCUUCUUUGAAGGCAAUGUGCCUUUCAUAAUUGUCUACGCUGAUGAUCAAGCCAUAGACGAGCCCAACAGCGUGGCCGCAACCCUGCAAAGGUACGGGCCCUUCCCCAUGGUGGAGGACAUGUCCGCCUCACCCUCAAGGAACCGGAGAGAGAUCCGUCUACAUAUACAAACCAACGACAUUCCAGAGGUCAAGUUCAACACCCUUAAGAACCACGAACUGUGGCAGAGCACCUACUUCCCUGCCAAAUCCAAAAGCAAAGCGGGAAGGAAGCAGAACCAGGAGGGCAGGGAGGUGCUGAGCUUCGAUGAGAGAACAAUGAAGAAGGCUCGCAGGAGACAAUGGAGUGAGCCCAGAGUUUGCGCAAGGCGCUACCUCAAGGUGGACUUUGCUGACAUUGGAUGGAGUGAAUGGGUUUUAGCACCCAAGUCAUUUGAUGCCUACUACUGUGCUGGUUCUUGUGGAUUCCCUAUCCCCAAGGUGGUCCGUCCUUCCAACCACGCCACCGUACAGAGCAUCGUUCGGGCAGUAGGAAUCGUGCCAGGUAUUCCGGAACCGUGCUGCGUGCCAGAAAAGAUGAGUCCCCUCAGUGUGCUCUUCCUGGACCCGGAUAGAAAUAUGGUUCUCAAGGUUUAUCCAGGAAUGUCUGUGGAUACUUGCGCCUGCCGGUAGGAGCCAAUGGAGCCUUUCCAAGAAGUGAAGGCUCAAAGUGCAGGCAGUUGGGACUUAAUUGGUUCUGAUUGAAAGAAAACUCAGGCUUCUCCUUACAUUUUUUUGUAUUUUUAUAACUAUCAUUAUUUUUCAUGCAGCUUUGAAGGACUCUUUUUAGUGAGCUCUGGACAGCUUUGGUGAAUGAAUGACGUCAAAGACUGAAAUAAGUACUCACAUUACCAUAGCAAGCCAUUGAUAUCAUUUUAAGUGAACUAAUCCUUGCAAAAAAGUAAAAGUGUAUUAUGUCACUAUAAAAUCUCCCAUAUAGUGGUCAGAGAACGUUGGAGGUGCAUGAGGAUUAACAUUGUCUAUAUGUUGUACAUAAUGAAUACAUUUUUAUAAUUACUGUAUAGACAGUAAGCAGUUUUUUUUUUAAUUUGGUCAGGUUUAAUAGAAAAUCUUGUAUGCUGCUGCCCCCUGCUGUUCAUUUUGGGAAUAUUCCAGGCAAGUGUGCUCAUAAUACAACAUUACAAUAUAUCCAAUGCAAUGUGUACAGUUUGUGAUAUGUACAGUAAUUAGUAUGAAAUGCUUAUGUACCCCAUUGCCAUACUUCUAUUUCCAUUAUAACAUACUAUAUUUGUGAUUUUAAUAAUUAUACAUUAUAUGGCAAAUGCUUGACAAUUUACUGCGAAUUGGCAUGUAUGUAGUAGACACUACUAUAUUGUAAUUAUCUAUUUUAUUGUUUUUUCCCUUUUGGCUUGUGUCAAAAUGCAUGAUAACAAUGUUUUUUGUUUUGCAUUAAAGUAACCAGUCAGUAUUUUUACACAA